AUGGAUCCGUUUGGAGCAGACACCGCUAAUGCUGCCAGACGAGCGGCCAAGAAGGACAUGGAGGUGGAGAGAACAAAAGAGCCAGGGCCCGUUCAAACUACUUUCCCCUCUGACGAUAAGGCGCUCACAGCCUUCGCGCAACUCGGCGCCCUUCGCCUCAAUGCCCGACGAUGCCUGAUCUCAUUCUUCGACAGACGGAACUGUUAUAUCCUGGCUGAAGCGACCCGCACGUUGAGUCUCGAGACUGGCCAGGCUCAAAUUGCGGGAGAUCGAUUGUGUUGGGGAACUACCGCUUUCCCAAAGCAUGAGAGUGUCUGCUAUUCUACCGUCAAUCUUCCUAUGCUAGGCUGUGCGGGCCGGCCAAACGACUAUAGCAAUGUCCCUACUUUGAUUGUUAACGAUCUUUCUCUGGACGACCGCUUCAGGAACUUUUCUUUUGUUUCAGGCCCUCCAUACUCUCGCUUCUAUGCAGGUGUGCCCAUUCGAAGCCCUAGUGGCCACAGUAUUGGCACAUAUUGCGUGUUAGACGAAGUCCCUCGCAAUGGGCUAUCAGAGACCGAGAUCUCGUUCCUUAAGGACAUGGCCAAUACCGUAAUGCGACACCUGGAGAUGAUGAGGGCAACCGAUGACCACCGACGCGGUGGGGUCAUGGUUCGUUCGUUGGGGUCGUUUGCUGAGGGGAAAUCAAGUUUGGAAGAUUGGUGGCAAGACCCUUGGGAGGCUGCCGAAUCCACGUCGCCUGUGCCAGAACAACUGCCCCUAUCACGGAAGCGCCGAUCAAACACAGUCAAUUCAGCAGUACCACCUCAUUUGGAUUUCCAAGAGACGAUAGCCAUUCCAAGGAAGGACAGCGGGGAGUCCCUUAGCCCGAGUGUAAAGAGCCCAAUCGCGACUUCGCCCGAAAGUGGACCUGGUAGCAUCACCCCGGCGUCCGAAUUGAUGUUCGAUUCUCGUCCCUCGAAGACCGCAUCGGCUACGAAGAAUGAACCCCAGCAGAACAGCAUUUCCCCCGAGGUCAGAACGACAUUUACCAGGGCCGCUAACAUGAUCCGUGGCGCAACUGAAUCGGACGGCACGAUAUUCUUUGAUGCGAAGGUCAGCACGUUCGGUGGACUUGUGGACGAUGAGUUCCUUCCUGAUGCGGAACCUGGGCAAGACAAAGCAUGCGCAAUCUUAGGUGCCGCAACAACUGCAGGAGCUGCAUCUGCCUCACCCGAUGGUACCAACGUAAUGUACGAAAGUUUCCUUCGACAUCUACUGCGGACCUAUCCCCACGGCCAAAUCUUUAACUUUGACGAUGAUGAAGAGCCGACUUUUCAAUUCACCGACCCAUUCGGAAAUGACGCCCCCAAGCCGUUGACGGAGACAUUGGCGUUCAUAAGCUCAACGACCAAAAGACCGGAAUCAGCAAAAAGUCAGGAUGAUGAGAAUCUCCUCAAGGAAGUGUUCCCGAAUGCCAGAACUCUCGUCUUGUAUCCGUUAUGGGAUUCUCACCGUGACCGGUGGUGCGCUGGCGCUAUCAUGUGGAGUUGUGACCCCAUCCGCGUUUUCACGUCCGAACAAGAGCUUAGCUAUCUUGCGGCAUUCAGUAACAGCAUUAUGGCCGAAGUAGCGCGUCUUGAUGUUAAAUUAGCAGAUGCUGCGAAGGGAGACUUCAUCUCAUCGAUUAGUCAUGAGUUGAGAUCCCCUCUGCAUGGUAUACUCGGUUCCUGCGAGCUUCUCAGAGAUUCUGAGAUCGACAAUUUCCAGUCAGGCAUGACACAAACCAUCGAAACCUGUGGAAAGACGCUGCUUGACACAAUAAAUCAUGUACUGGACUUUGCAAAGAUAAACAAUCUAACACGAGGGACGUCGAAGCGCCUAAAGAAGCGCUCACAAAGCACCAAGCAUACGAUCAGUCCGGCACAGAGCCACACAAAUGAUAUUCUAACCCUGAUCACCGACGUUGAUCUAAGUGUUCUGACAGAAGAAGUACUCGAGACUGUCUUUGCUGGACACAACUUCCAGAAAUCAACGACACAAACAUUCUACGGGCAAGGGCAGGGACAAGGCGCCCCUGGCUCUGACUCGCAGCCCAUAUCUAUCAUUGUUGAUAUCAACAAGAGUAGCAACUAUGUGUUCCGUACACAGCCUGGCGCUUGGAGACGGGUGCUGAUGAAUCUCUUUGGAAAUGCCUUGAAAUACACUCCGGCCGGCUAUAUCAAGAUCAAGCUACAGGUGACACCCAGCAGAGAUCCAGAGGAUGAGCACUCCGAGCUUCGAUUGAUUUGCACAGAUUCUGGUAUUGGCAUGUCCGAGAACUAUGUUAACAACAGGCUCUUUCAUUCAUUUGCCCAAGAGAACCCCUUAAGCCAAGGCACUGGUCUAGGUCUCAGUAUCGUCAAACAGAUCGUCGAAUCGCUUGGUGGUGACGUCGAGGUUCGCAGUGAGAAGGGCUACGGUACAAAAUUUACUGUCUACUGCCCGCUCAAGAGUUCGAUGCUCUCACCCGCUGUUCGCUGCGUUACUCCUGAGAAACAACUGCUUUCCAUCACAAAGAGGACUCAAGGCAUGAACGUCCAAUUUGUAGGAUUCGACGAGGAAGACGAAUACUUCACGCCAGUGAAGAGUCUGAAGAACAAAAAUGCUACUCUACUGAGCAUGAAGGCUUUGGACAAUCUUUGCACCGAUUGGUUUGAAAUGAAUGUUUACAAGCAGGGCGAUCCUAACCAGCCAGCUCCGGACCUGUUCGUGGCCACAGAAUCCGGUGCUAGACGCCUGCGUGCAGAUAACAGUAACAAGCUGGACCGCGUUCCUGCUGCGCCAGUGAUAGUGGUAUGCCAGGGCGCUGCAUCAGCGCAAUCGACAACCGCAAUUACAGUGCCAGGACAGAUAUUCGAAUGCAUAGCGCAACCCUGCGGCCCACAUAAGUUCGCCCAAGCCUUGACUUCUUGUCUGGAUCGCCACGCUGCGCGCAUCGUCUCCUGCGCAACAAAGGCCGAUUCUGAGUCUACGUUGCCACCAGUGGAGAGCCUAUGUUUGAAGGAGAACCACGUCCCAGUUCAGGAUAAUUCCCUGAAACCAGCACGACCAACCACACCCGAUAUUAGAAAUAGCUUCCUCGACAUCCAGCGACCGCCAAUGACUACUGCGCUUAGUGCGCCAGAGGUCCGUUCUGUGAAUUCCAGUCCAGUACGGGGCUCGAAGUCCACACACCGACCACUUAAUUGCCUUGCUGUGGACGAUAAUCCAAUCAACCUCCGACUUCUCCGUACUUUUGUGGACAAGUUACACCACAGUUCCCUGCUCGCCACCAACGGUGUCGAGGCCGUAGAUGCAUUCAAGGCCGCCAGCACAGGAACACGAAUCGACGUUGUGCUUAUGGAUAUCAACAUGCCAGAGAUGGACGGUCUAGAAGCCACGAGGCAGAUCCGCGCUCAUGAGCGGGACGCAGGGUUGCCGCCAGUGACUAUCAUCGCAUUGACGGGAGUAGCAAGUACGGAGGCCCAGCAGGAGGCCUACAUUAGCGGCGUGAACUUGUUCCUCAUCAAGCCAGUGAGGCUCUCCGAGCUCGAGGUCGUGCUGAAGGGCGUGGUUACCUCGGAAGAAAAGAAGGACGAUCCUCGAGUAUCGCCUCAAGGGCAAUCGCACAGAAGGGUGCUCAGCACGAUCGAGUAAUUUCAAGUACGACACCGUUCCAUUCUCCAGAGAUGAAUAAGCCUCGCAGCCGGCUUCAAGGCUUUUUCCAAUCCCAUCAUUUUCCCUUU